AAGACAAAUGCACGUGUUUGGGAGAGCCGCAGAGAGAACAUGAGUUUCAAGUCGAGGGUAGAAGGAAGACUAUUGUUUUUGAAUUUUUUAUAUAACCUUUUAUUCAGUACUUAACACUGAGCUAAAUCCCAAACCACUCGACUUGUUAGCGCCUUUAAAAGGCCCGCGAGGUGUUAUAUCGAUCUGAGUGUUAGCUUACCGGGAGCUCAUUAGUCUACGACAGGAGUAAAAAGAAGAAGUCCUCCGUUUUUGACAGCGGUGUGUUUCCCGUCUUUGUGUUUUUGUUUUGUUUUUAGUGUGUAAGGUGCCUUUUGUUUUUGGUCGGCGGAGGGCUGUUUGGGAAAUCAUGGCGGACUACCUCAUUAGCGGGCAGACGGGUUAUGUUCCCGACGACGGGCUGACGGGACAUCAGCUUUUCAACUGCGGAGACGGGCUCACAUACAAUGACUUCCUGAUUCUGCCGGGAUACAUCGACUUCACAGCCGACCAAGUGGACUUGACUUCAGCACUCACCAAAAAAAUCACCAUGAAGACCCCGUUUGUGUCGUCCCCCAUGGACACAGUAACAGAGUCGAACAUGGCCAUAGCGAUGGCACUAACAGGGGGCAUUGGCUUCAUUCAUCACAACUGCACUCCAGAAUUUCAGGCCAAUGAGGUUCGAAAAGUCAAGCGAUACGAGCAGGGCUUUAUUACAGACCCCGUGGUGAUGAGCCCCAAUGAGCGAGUGCGAGACGUCUUCCAGGCCAAGGCUCGCCAUGGCUUCUGUGGGAUCCCCAUCACAGACAACGGGAAAAUGGGCGGCAAGCUGGUGGGGAUCAUCUCCUCCAGAGAUAUAGACUUUCUGAAGGAAGAUGAUCACAGCCUGCCACUGAGUGAGGUGAUGACAAAGCGGGAGGAUCUAGUGGUUGCCCCUGCAGGAGUGACGCUGAAAGAAGCAAACGAAAUCCUUCAGAGGAGCAAGAAAGGUAAACUGCCCAUAGUGAAUGAAGAAGGUUCCCUGGUGUCCAUCAUCGCUCGCACAGACUUAAAGAAGAACAGAGACUUCCCUCUGGCUUCCAAAGACCCUCGGAAACAGCUGCUGUGUGGCGCUGCCAUCGGCACCCACAGUGACGACAAGUACAGGCUGGACCUGCUGGUGCAGAGCGGGGUGGAUGUGGUUGUACUGGACUCAUCUCAGGGAAACUCAAUCUACCAGAUCAACAUGAUUAAAUAUAUUAAGGAAAAGUACCCAGACCUGCAAGUCAUCGGAGGCAAUGUGGUGACUGCAGCACAGGCGAAGAACCUCAUCGACGCAGGAGUGGAUGCUCUGAGAGUGGGGAUGGGCAGUGGCUCCAUCUGUAUCACACAGGAAGUGCUGGCGUGCGGCAGACCCCAGGCCACGGCUGUUUAUAAAGUUUCAGAGUACGCUCGACGUUUUGGUGUCCCCGUCAUUGCCGACGGUGGCAUCCAGACUGUUGGACACAUCGCUAAAGCACUCUCACUGGGAGCCUCGACAGUAAUGAUGGGCUCUCUGUUGGCUGCAACCACUGAAGCUCCUGGUGAAUAUUUCUUCUCUGAUGGCAUCAGGUUGAAGAAAUACCGCGGCAUGGGCUCCCUGGAUGCCAUGGACAAAAACCUUGGCUCUCAGACCAGAUACUUUAGCGAGAGCGACAAGAUUAAAGUAGCUCAGGGUGUCUCGGGAGCGGUGCAGGACAAGGGCUCUAUCCACAAGUUUAUUCCCUACCUGCUGGCAGGAAUUCAGCACUCCUGUCAAGACAUUGGUGCCAAAAGCCUCACUCAGCUCAGAGCGUUGAUGUACUCUGGAGAUCUGAAAUUUGAAAAGAGAACAGCGUCAGCUCAGAUGGAGGGGGGAGUCCACAGUAUGCACAGUUAUGAGAAACGACUCUUUUAAACAAAAGCAAGCAUCCAGAUGGAGAAUGCUUCCAGCAGAUACAGCGGGUAAAAUAAGUAUUGAACACGUCAACAUUUUUCUCAGUAAAUAUAUUACUAGAGGUGCUAAUG